ACAGCGAAUCAUGCCGUCGUCGCCGCUGCGAGUGGCCGCGGUGUGCUCGAGUAACCAAAACCGGAGCAUGGAGGCGCACAACAUCCUCAGCAAACGAGGAUUCAGUGUCAGAUCCUUUGGAACAGGAACUCAUGUGAAACUUCCAGGACCAGCACCAGACAAGCCGAAUGUUUAUGAUUUCAAAACAACAUAUGAUCAGAUGUACAAUGAUCUUCUUAGGAAAGACAAAGAACUCUAUACACAGAAUGGUAUUUUGCACAUGUUGGACAGAAAUAAGAGAAUCAAGCCCCGGCCAGAAAGAUUCCAGAACUGUAAAGAUUUGUUUGAUCUCAUCCUUACCUGUGAAGAGAGAGUCUAUGACCAGGUAGUAGAAGAUUUAAAUUCCAGAGAGCAAGAGACCUGCCAGCCAGUGCAUGUGAUUAAUGUGGACAUUCAGGACAACCACGAAGAAGCCACCCUAGGAGCCUUUCUCAUUUGUGAGCUCUGUCAAUGUAUACAACAUAUGGAAGACAUGGAAAACGAGAUUGAUGAGCUGUUACAGGAAUUUGAGGAGAAAAGCAGCAGGACUUUCCUCCACACAGUCUGCUUUUACUGAUGCCAGCCCUGGCUUCCCAGGCCUAGGAGCUGAACGAAGCAUGUAUUCUGCCAGAAGGAGGCAGUAUUACCCAAAUAAAUUGUACAUAUAAAAUGAGAAGAGAGAGAUACAUA